GAGAGCAGCUCCAGUGAUUAUUUAUUUAUUUAUUUAUUUAUUUCGUUUUUUCUUCUCCCUCCAUUGAUCAGUGUAGUGGGGAAGGCGGAUCCUCUGACGUCGCCGCCAAGCUGCUCGGCUGCGUCAGAGUCCAGCUGAGCGAAGGAAGAAGGAAGCGAGGAAUAAAAAGGAAAGCAGGUUCCGAAAGGCCGGGGAGAGGAGAGCGGACUGAGAGGGAAGAGAGACCUGUUGUCGUGCACACCUCGGGCGGACGGACGGACGGACGGACAUGGAGGGCUCCACGGAGGAAGAGCACAAGGAGAAAUUAUUAUGGACCGUCAAACGAGAGGUGAAGCAGAUUAUGGAAGAAUCUGUGACUAAGAAAUUUGUCCACGAAGACAGCAGCCACAUCAUUGCUCUGUGCACUGCCAUCGAGGCCUGCCUGGGUCACCUGCUAAAGAGACGGGCAGCUGGGUUUCUCCGCAGUGACAAGAUCGCAGCCCUGUUCACCAAGGUCGGCAAAGUCUACGACACAGCCGGCGAGGUUUGCCGUAAAGUACAAGAGCAGCUCCAGCAGCAAGCUGAUCUUACCAGGUCGGUCAGGAGAACCCAAAGCACAGGCCAUGAACCUCUGAGGAGACAGGGCUCCUCCACCACCAGCCGCCCCCCUCAGCCCCUGUCAGCACAGGCCAUCAAACACAUCUGGGUCCGCACGGCUCUCUUCGAGAAAGUUCUGGACAAGAUAGUGCAGUACAUCGUGGACAACUCCAGUAAAUACUAUGAGCGGGAAGCUCUGAUGCAUGACUCAGUCUUUGGGCCCAUCUUAGCGGCGCUACUAGUGGGGCCAUGUGCUCUGGAGUACACCAAGCUGAAGACUUCAGAUCACUUCUGGACGGACCCCUCAGCCAACGAGCUGGUUCAGCGACACCGUAUCCACGGCGCCCACCGGGGCCAAGAUGUCUCAGCCGGCCGACGGCCUGCUCUGGGGAUCCGCAAGAGGCAGUCCAGUGGCAGCAUGUCGGAGGACAGGUUUGCCGCUUCGGCGAGGGAAUAUGUGGAGUCCCUUCACCAAAACUCCAGGACACAUCUUCUCUACGGCAAAAACAACGUCCUGGUGCAGCCGAAGAAGGACAUGGAGGUGUUGCGGGGCUACUUGUCACUCCACCAAGCUGGGGAUAACCUCACCUUGAAGUGGACACCCAACCAGCUAAUCAAUGGCACACUGGGAGACUGCGACCUGGAGAAAAGCAUCUACUGGGACUACGCGCUGACUGUGCCUCUGCGCCAAAUAGUCUGCAUCCACUGUCACCAGCGCCCUGAUUGUGGGGGGACUCUGGUCUUGGUCAGUCAAGAUGGGAUACAGCGGCCACCUCUGCACUUCCCCCCAGGUGGUCACCUGCUGGCCUUCCUCUCCUGUCUGGAAACAGGCCUACUUCCACGUGGUCAACUUGAACCCCCUCUCUGGUCCCAGAAAGGCAAAGGAAAGGUUUUCCCUAAACUGAGGAAGAGGAGCAGCACUGCCAGGCUCCUGGACCAGGACAGGAACGGUGAGGAGCAAACAGCUGCUGACUACGUGUUCCGCAUCGUGUACCCUGGAUAUCGCUAUGACGCCACAGUCACUAUAAACUACCACCACACCACUGGCAGCCGCGCUCCGUCGCUGGACGAUGACGAGGAAGAGGAAGAUAGGCUCCAUGCUAUGAUCUCAAUGAUCUGCUCGCGGAACCUCACAGACCCAAAUGUCAUGAAAGACCACGGGGAGAUGAUGGAGUUGCAGGGUUUUGGAGGCAGCCCGUCGUCAUGGCAACAGGCGGAAGCAGCCACUCACGAGUCCCUGUGCCAGUCUUGCUCCACGGCCGGCAGCAACAUGUCGUUCGUCUACCCAGACGGCUGCACCUGCAUACACGACACGUCGGACAUUCACACUAUUCCUCUUAAGAUGCUCUGCCAGAACAUGAAGAGGCAGAUAGUUUCCAGAGCCUUCUAUGGAUGGCUGGCCUACUGUCGACAUCUGUCCACGGUGCGCACUCACCUUUCGGCUCUGGUCAACCACAACAUCGUCCCCCCAGACAGACCGUGUGAAGCGUCCGGGGGGCUCAGCAAAGAGGUGUGGAGCAAGUACCAGAAAGACUGCAAGAACUAUAAGGAGCUGGAGCUGCUGAGGCUGGUUUACUACGGUGGAGUGCAGCAUGACAUCAGGAAGGAGGUCUGGCCUUUCCUCUUGGGACACUACAAGUUUGGCAUGGGCAAGAAGGACAUGAGCCAGAUUGAUGCAAAGAUCAGUGAGCGCUACCAGCAGGUGAUGCGGGAGUGGAAGGCAUGCGAGGUGAUCGUCAAGCAGAGGGAGAAGGAGAUGCAGUCGGCCAUCUUUGCCAAGCUCUCCUCGGGCAGCAGCAUCGACAGCCACGUCCUGCGACUCGUCCACAGAGACUCGACGCUCAGCAACGAGGUGUUCAUGUCUGUGGAUGAGCCCGACGCAGGGAGCCAGGAGACUCCCAGCGGAGAGGACACCACUCCCACCAUGACCACUCUGGUGCCCCCCGCCGCCGUCCCUCCAGAGGAGCGCCCUCUGGUGGAGUUUGACUCCCCCGACUCGGGUCUGCCCUCUUCGCGAAACUACUCGGUGACCUCUGCUCACUCCCAGAUCCUGUCCAGCAUAGACGACGGUCAGAGCACCGAGGAGGAAGGAGGAGGCGGCGAUGAUGGGAGGACCCCGGGUGUUCUGGGGGGGCGUCAGGACUCUCUGACUGAGGACAGGCUGUGCAGUCAGCUGGACAAGCUGGUGACCACCGGAGCGCCUGCCGAGGGGAUGUCACCUUCGCUCUCCUCCUAUACAAUCGAACUGUUGGACACAGUAGCCCUCAACCUCCACAGAAUAGACAAAGACGUGCAGCGCUGCGACCGCAACUACUAUUACUUCACUACAGGCAACCUGGAGAAACUACGCAACAUCAUGUGCAGCUAUGUGUGGGAGCAUUUAGAGAUGGGCUACGUUCAGGGCAUGUGUGACCUGCUGGCUCCCCUCAUGGUCAUUCUGGAUGAUGAGUGCCUGGCAUACAGCUGUUUCACUCAGCUAAUGAAGAGGAUGAGUCAGAACUUCCCUAAUGGUGGAGCCAUGGACACACACUUUGCCAACAUGAGGUCGCUAAUCCAGAUCCUGGACUCUGAGCUGUUUGAACUGAUGCAGCAGAACGGAGACUACACACACUUCUACUUCUGUUACCGCUGGUUCCUGCUGGACUUCAAGAGAGAGCUCCUGUACGAGGACGUGUUCGCCGUGUGGGAGGUGAUCUGGGUGGCUCCCAGGAUUUCCUCACGCCACUUCGUCCUCUUCCUGGCCUUGGCUCUGGUCACAGUUUACCGGGAGAUCAUCAUGGACAACAACAUGGACUUCACCGACAUUAUCAAGUUCUUUAACGAGAUGGCUGAGCGUCACGAUGUCCAACACAUCUUGAAGAUAGCGCGUGAGCUGGUGCACAGAGUCCAGUCUCUGAUGGACAACAAGUGAACGUAGAGGGAGACGGAGGAAUGGGGGGAGGGGAGGGUGGGAUGCAAAGGGAGAGAGCGUCCGAUCCCGCUGGAAUCUCGGCUCCUCCUCUCAUCCCUGAACGACAGAGCAUUCCCUGACCUCCGCCUGCCCACAGCAGGUCUAGCAGGACCAGGUCUCCCCCGUAACCCCAACCCCCUCCCUCUCACCCAGUUGAAGGCCCACGGCGCGGGGCGGGGGAGUGCUGCUGUGGGGGUCCGGCUCUGGAGCUCGGCCCAGAUCUGUUUACAUUAACCUCUACAUGGAAUGCCCAUGGUAUCUGUUCAGACAUGUGGAUUUGUCUGCAUGCUUGUGAGUUUGAUCACACUGUGAACGCAUUCUUGAGUUUCCCAGUCCUACAGAGUUUGUGUGCGUGCAUGAUAACUGACAUAUUGUACACACACACACACACACACACAUUCCAUUUUGGCUCUAUCAAUACUCCAGUUUUCCAGAGUCGCACUCUUUUUCCUCUUGGAGCAGAACAUAUUGGAUGCCUAUCAGGAAAGCUGAGGUGCUCUCAGUGUUCAGAUAUGGCCCUCUGUGCAGUGCCAUCGGAGGCCACUAGAGUGCAGGAUUUACACACAACAAUAUCAGAGGAGCAGAAGACUUAGCCACGAAGAAGUUUCCAUUAGUGACCAAAUGGACUGUGCCAACUACCUUUUCCUGAGUGUUUUCUACUGCAAGCAUGUGUGUUUUUACCCCCCACCCUCCUCUCCCCCCUCUCUGUUUUUUUUUUUUUUUAUUUUUCUUUUACACCACAAAUCCAUCCUAACAAAUGUUGCCUUUAUCAGUGACAGCCCAAGGUACUUAGUUGCACUUUCUUGCAAGGGUUUUCCUCAGUGGCGCCUGUGAAGACCUCACCACAGUUGGGGGGGGGGGCUGGAGGAACCACAAGAGGCCAAACUGUUGAGAGAAACCGGGGUGAAAUGCAGCCAAACUUCUCUGAACACGUCAGUGGCAGCAGAGCACAACAGGAGAGGAAGAAGCAGCCUUCCUCCGUACUUUAACACCAAACUAUUUUACAGUGCCAUGAUUGUCAGGGUUGCAGCUAUACCGCCAUCGUAACUGAGUAUGACAUUAACGUGACAUGAAAGGGUGUUACCGAGGCUUUAUUUUGACGCCUUAAAGAUUAAAAUGGCGACGAAUACGUGACAAUUUGGCCAGUUUGAUCAAAAAUCUAUUUAAAUGGAGCGAUUAAAUACUCAGUUACACUGUGUGCGGCACAAGAAUCAGAAUCAGCUUUAUUGGCCAAGUAUGUGUGCGCAUACAAGGAAUUUGGUGCCGGUCACUUGUGCAAAAACAUCGAACUUAAAGAGGCGUAGAAAUAAAAGCGUAAAAAAUCAAACUGUGCAGCUUAAAUCAUGCUUAAGAAAAUAAAAAAAUGACAAAUAGGGAACAAGAGCUGAUAUAUACAACAGUUGAACAGUAUGUUUAUAGGUUUAUAACAUAAAAGUAAAAUAUUCACUUGACUGUUUAUAAUAGUCUGAACUGUUUUGGUCGCGAGUCAAAAUUGUAUUCAUGUAUUUCUCUCAGUAUUUCUGUGACCUGGCUCAGACCAGGUGUCCCUAGCUCCUGUUUCCAGAGGACGUCGAGGACACAGUGGCCGAGGCACACAAUGAAAACCAAAGUAUUCUGCAUUUGUGAUAAGAGAUACGAUACACAGAAAGAAAGAAAGUACGGGAAAAUGAGACACCUGAUUUAGAAAGGCCUUUGAGACCAGGGUUGUGGGUGGACAUAUUUCUUUGGUAUUUAUUGUUAAAACAUCCCAUGAAAAGACCGAAACCUGCUUCCCCGCUAUUUCAGCCAGUCAGGAUUGAACUUUAAACAGUUCAAAUAACUUUAAGCUGGCUAUUUUGAUCAUAUCGCCGUCACCUUACAUAUUUCAUCUUUUUAUCUACAGUUUUUAUCUACAUCUUGACCACUGAGGUGAGUGUGACUGGCUCAGUGAGGAGAGUGAGGAAGAAAAGUGCUGAGCAUUUACUUUGAGCUAGUUUAUCCAGACCCUAAAUAUGCCAGCUAUAGGGGAAUAUAUUUAAAUUUUACAAGUAUCACUUUUAGCCUUCCGCUAUUAAUGGAAUAUUUUUAGAGUCUUGCAUGAGAAAACAUAUCUUCCAAGUCUGCUCAGUUAGUGGAUCUAUUUAUACAUUAAAUGUUUUAGUCAGAUUAGCUAAAUCAAAGAAAGUAACCAAAUGAGACACAAUCUAACACUUUUGCUGUUAAUUAUUUAUCAAACAUUAGCGAUCUGUGGGUGGCAAAAGUGUGUGAACAUCUGUCCCCUCGUCAGUCCUGACGAGUUGCUUCAACUCGGGGGCGUUGUGUCUAGUCUCCUCACAUGAACUGUUUGCUUCUGUUUCUGUUGGAGUAGGUUCAGGACUUUGAUUUGCCUUUCCAAAACACGAUGCAUUCCUCUCCUUCUUUGGUGCAACGACUUGUGUCUGUGCGUGGAGUUGUUGCCUUGGCCCAUGACCCACUUCUCCGUUCCCAGUCUCAGUUCAUGGACAGAUGUCGUGAUAACGUCCGCACCAGCUGAAGGGCGCUCGUUCCAUAGUUGGUAGCAGAAGCUUCUCGGUCAUCCAGGCCAUAGUUUAAACAAAAAAACAGACUGAAACUCUGCAGGUCUAGUAGCCCUUGUGUUGAGACGUGACUUCUCUUUUAGUUUCCAGUGGUAGGAUUCAGAACUCAUUGUCCUAUCGACAAUGUAAAUCUUCCUGGCUCAGUUGUUACCAUAUUACUUCUCAUACUAGAAGGUUCUACCAUAGUCUUCAUCUUCUUUGGUCUUCAGCUAACUGCACACAGACUGUGGCCUCCUCCUUUUAACACACCACGAUUGUUCAUCUUUUCUCCUGAUGGUAGACUCAUUAACGUCAAUGUGAGAGAGGCCUGUCGUUUGCGGCCUUGCACACUAUAUUAGUCGCCUUGCCGCUGCUGCGCUGAUCUCGGUCUUCAGCCACUGCGCGUCGUGCACAUCCGACUUUGACAGAUCCGUUCUUUGAAUAAAACAGGGCGCCCACUCACGCUGACGAUCGCCCCGCUGAUUAAAAACUCUAAUUUCACCAUCUAAUUAACUGCCACUACCGGAGGUUCACAUGCUUCACUCCACUCACAGAUGCAAACCACCGGAUCACUUUCUAUAAAAAGACGACGGAGCUCGUUUUUAAUCAUAUAUAUAAUUAAUAAUUAGGCUCCCUUUAUCUACUGCUAGUGAAUGAGUAUUUAUAGCAGCGGCGGGACGCAUUCCUGUCUGGGAGUACGUGACCCAUCAUCCAAGGAUUUCCACACAGCUCAAAUGUGUUGUGCCAUUUAAACCCGAAAGUAGGUUAAAGCUUGUUAGUUCAGUUAAAUGAACAAAGUAGUGGAUGCUCAAGGUAGUGUAUAAAUCAGGGCAGACAUGUUAAAAAAAAAAUUAAAAAUCACGCAGGUAAAAUUCCCAGGAAGCAAUCAGAGUUUAUGUGGAUUUCCAGGAAAAGCCAGGCUCAUGAUACUAUGUGUCAGUCUCUGGAUGAUGCAUUCAGCGCUGGUUCUGGUCUUUUCAUGGGGAGUACAGGCGGAAAGUCAAACCUGGAACAACACCAGCUCUGUCUUUUCAAAGAAUUCCUCAUGAACCUGCUCACUGACCUGAAGGCAUCACACAGACCUCUCACGGCCUUCAGCGCCGCUGUCCAGAUUAAAGUGGUUGCAAUGAUCCCCGCUGAAGCUGAGGCUCGGCCAAUAAUUAAAAAUAAAAAUAUAAUUAAAAAAAAUGUUUAGACAUCCGGUGCCAGGUUUGGAACAAAACAAAUACCUGAGGAGACGCUGCAUAUCAUGCCAACUCUAGUGUUCAGUGGAUCAGUAUUACAGGUUGUGGCUUCUGACUAACAGCACAUUCAUGUUUGUACCUGAAGGAAGUCAGGAAGGGGGGAGCUUUUUUUUUUUUUAAAUUUAUUUAUUUUAAUAUCGUUUCCACUCCCCCUCCUCAUCUGUGUGACCCCUCACCCCCUCACCCUCCCUUAAAACGUCCAACACGGCUGCAUAUGAUUGGUCGUCCAGCUCGGACCUGCACCUGUGAUUCAAGUGCCAAGAGUCUUCCCCAACCCCGAAGUGUACUGUAGUCAUCCGGCUCUCUGAUUUGCUAGUUUGAUCGCAGGAUAUGGGCGAUGGCGUGGAUGUACCUCGCCACGGCCCUCUCCUCCCUCCCCCCCCAACCGGCCCUGCCACCGCGGUGACGGAGGAAAGUCGCAGGAGGAAGGUCGGGGGAAACCGGGGCCCGUGGCGGAGCUUUUUUUCUUCCAAUCAGGACAUGUGUACCAAAGCCUUGAAACAGCCCCCUCUGUGGCAUGACGACAAUGUGCAAUUUCAUACUGCAUCUUGAAGACUGACUGUUUACUAUGUGUGUAAAAUAUUUUUGAAAAUGGUGUUCUUGAAUUCUUUAACUACUGUGCAACUUCUGUCGUUUGAGAACCCCAUCAAAGUCUAUAUUGCUGUACAUACGAACCAAAAGCCCAAUAUUUCUAUGAAGACAGUCAGAAGAGAAUAUAUAUAUAUGUAUAUGUAUAUAUAUAUAUAUGUAUAUAUAUAUAUAUAUACAUAUAUAUAUGAUUUAUUUUGAGAUCUAUUUUUUAUGUUGGUUUUAGCAGCACUAGUCAGAAGUGUAUACUGUGCAGAAAUGCCGAAUGUGUGCAGACUAUGUUACACGUUGACUGUUAAGUGUUCUUUCUCAAUGUUGUGCACUGACUUCAACCUUUGAAAUUUCUAUUUAUUUAGAGAGCCAAUGAUUGCAUUGCUGAAUAUGUAUUGGUAAGGAUGUAUCAUUUGCCUUGAAUGUAAUGUAUUAUUAAAUAAGAGGUUGUUCAUUA